AUGAGCGCAUCAGGGCCAAGACCAUCUACAGCAGAUCACGAGGCAGCAGGCGAGUCUCUCUUUGACAAGAGACGCGCUGUUCUCAUCUCCAAAAUUGCAGAACACAUGGAGAGUUUGAUUACCGGUAUGAAUGGUCUCAAUCGCAACUUGGAAGCCGUCAUUUCAGUGGGUAAGGAGUUUCAAAGCGUGAGUACCCUAUGGCGUUGCUUCCAUGAUGUUGUGAGUGAGGAUGCAACGGCACAAGAGAAGCAGGAAUCGCACUGA